GAAUUUGUGUAACAAAUUCCUUACAUAUUUCCUGAUCCCAGGAUUCCAAAAGAUUUUUCUCUCCUAAGGGAUCUUGGUUCCUCUGAGCAGUGUACUUCCUCUGUGUGUAUCUGCGCCCCAGCCUUCCAGGUACUAUGGGCAGAUGGAGAUUCCUCCUGCCAAGAGUUUUUUGUUUUUUAAAGGAGAAUCCAAAAUAGGCUGGGUACUAUGCCAACUUGUCAGUGAUAUAGUUGUACAUAUUGUUGAUAUCAGCUAAAAGGGUGAUAAGAGAAGCACAUUUUUUUUUUGGCAUAACAAGGCCAUAAAUUAUUUGAAGAAUUCACCAAAGACAGUAGGUCCAUGAGUGAGCCUGUUUUAAUUGAAUUGGUAUUUACACAAGGUGACACCCUCUUUCACACCACCCACCUCCUCCCUGGGUGACUCAGCCACUGCGGGAGAAACCUCUGAACUGUUCAUUAACGCAGUCAGGUAGGGGUGGAAACCACAUGCAGUAAACUCCAGGUGCACAUUUAUUUCAGCUGGAUCCACGUCGGAUCAGUGCAGGCUGUUUAGACAAAAAGUCCUGGUUUUCUGCUCAAGAGAGGUGGUUUUCCCUGUUACCAGUGAUUUCUGUUAACAAAUACUGGUGAAUCUGGCAUUAUUAGUGGGCUGUGAAACUCUCAGGAAUUUUUCAUACACCAAGAUCCUUACCGGAAGGCAGCAUGUCCAAUUUUACCUUGAGAAAAACAUCUCCUACAGGAAAUGAUAUGAAGAGUACCACUCAGGGGACCACACUGAGGCAGCAGGGCUUUCUUGAGAUGAACAAAAGAAGGACUUUCUUACAGGAUAACAGCUGGAUAAAGAAACGUCCUGAAGAAGAAAGAGAUGAAAAUCAUGGCAGGGUGGUGCUCACCCGACAUAAUUCCCAUGAUGCCUUGGACAGGAAAACAAAUGAGAGAGAUGAGCCAAAAGCCACAAUUAGUCGGUACAGAUCUGAUGACACUUUGGACAGGAUCUCAGACAGAAAUGAUGCCACUAAAACCUAUAAGGCCAAUACCUUGGAUAACCGACUAACCAAUAGAAACAUGUCCACGUUUAGAUCACCAGAAGCAACAAAGACGCAACCUGGAGGUUUGUUCAGUGCAAACGCCACCAGCACCCCCGCUUCCACCUCUGCUGCUGCUCCUGUAAAGAAAAAGAGACAGUCCUGGUUUCCACCACCCCCUCCGGGUUAUAAUGCCACCCCAAGCACAGGAGCAAGCAGAAGGGAAUCAGCUAUUCACCCUCCAAUACCUCCAAAGCCCAGUUCUCCAGUUUCAUCUCCUAACCAGCUGAAAGGAGGUAAUAGGCAGAUAUGUCCACCUAAACCAGGUGUUUAUAUGGAAACCAACAGAUCUGCUGAAAGAAAUAUAAGGAGUCAGGAUUUUGAGAACACUGUCAAAGUGGCCACUUCACUUCAGAAAACUGACAAGGGUGAAGAACUGGAUAAUCUCAUCCAAAUGAGCAAAAGUUUGAAUAGAAACCAAGGUCUUGAUGGUCUCUUCAGAACAAAUCUUAAGGCAGAGCAAACAGAGAAAAGGGCCAAAAGCCUUGAAAAUCUCAUCUUUGUGAAUACCCGGACAGACGAAAACGGCAAAGGAAACCAAAGCCUUGACAGUUUCAUUAAAGAAAAUCCCAGAACAGUCGAGAAUGACAAAGGAAAUCAAGGCCUUGGAAGUCUUAUUAAAGUUAAUCAAAGGACUGACAAAAGUGAGAAAGGAACCCAAGGUCUCAAAACGAUUAUCAAAGCAAACGCCAGGACAGAUAAAACUAGCAGAGGUGAAGACCUUGAUAAUAUUAUCAAAGUGAAUCCCAAAGGAAAUGAAAAUAUGCCUGGAAAACAAGACCUCAAUGGACUUAUUAAAGUGAAUUCCGAAACAAAUAAAAAUAUCAAGAGGGGCCAGAGCCUUGACAAUCUCAUCCAAGUGACCCCUGAAGUAAACAGAAGCACCCCAGGUUCCAAAGACCUUGAUAACCUCAUCAAAGUGGAUCCAAGAAUGGGAAAAAGUGUGCAAGGGGCCCAAAGUCUUGACAGCCUCAUCAAAGUGGCUCCUGAAACAAACAGAACUAACCAAGGGAACAAAGACCUGGACAAUCUUAUCAAAGUGAUUCCCUCAGCAAACAAAAGUAGUGAACAAGGUCUUGAUGAACAUAUUAAUGUAAGCUCCAAAGCUGCCAAAAACAUGGCUGGAAAUCAAGAUCUUGAUAAACUCAUCAAAGUGAAUCCUGAAACUCUCACCAACAAUCGAAGAAACAAGGAUUUUGAUAACCUCAUCAAAGUGAAUCCUGCAGUAAUCAGAAGCAAUCAGAGCCAAGACUUGGACAAUCUUAUUAAAGUGAAACCUUCAGCUCUCAGAAACAUGGAGCGAGACCAAGACCUGGAAAAGUUAAUUGAAGUAAAUUCCAAUGUGUCUAAAAAUAAGAAUGGAAGGCUAGAUGGCCAAGUCAAUGGAUCUACUGAUGCUUUAAACCCCCAGUCCACUGGAACCCCUGCCUAUUCUUAUGAAGCCAGAAAGACGCUCAGCUCCAAUGCUGAAACCAGGCAUGCAGGACAAAAGGACACAGUUGUGUACACAAGGACAUAUGUGGAGAAUAGUAAACCACCAAAGGGUGGAUAUCAGGAGAACUUCUCUGGAAAAUACAUACAAACUGUUUAUUCAACUUCAGAUAGGUCUGUCAUUGAAAGAGAUAUGUGCACUUACUGCCGAAAACCCUUGGGCGUGGAAACUAAAAUGAUUUUAGAUGAAUUACAAAUUUGCUGCCAUUCCACUUGCUUCAAGUGUGAAAUAUGCAAACGGCCUUUGGAAAACCUACAAGCAGGUGACAGCAUUUGGAUUUAUAGACAGACGAUACACUGUGAACCUUGCUACUCUAAAGUUGUGGCAAAGUGGAUUCAAUAAUUCUGACACACGGACAUCAAGAUGAAAGCGCUCAUUAAGGAAUUUAAAUUUUUAUUUUAAGAAUAUGUAAUCUAGAAAAGUUUUUACCCCAAAGAUUGACUCUUGUGUAGAAUUAACAAUUCUGCUAUUGCAUAAAUAAUCUAAUUGCCUUCAAUAAGGUCAUCCACAUAAAGGGAACCAUCUGGUAUCUGGCUAGAUUUAGCUAUCAAAAAUUCAAGUGGUUCCAGUUGCCAAUGUCAAAAGAAUGAUGCUUCUGAUGGCAGUGAACAUUGUCAGCCUUAACCAGGUCCAUCUCUGCUUCAUAUUUAGCCUGUGCCUUAUGGUUUCCAUUAUAGACAAGUUUCUCAUUUUCUCACCUUUGUUUCCCUAAGAAUUUGGAUUUACAGAUGUUCUUGACAUCCUGACAAACUGUCGAGGAAGCAAGAUAUGUUUCCUUUAUGUGCAAAAGAAAUACUGAUAGAAAUUUUCUUAGGAAGUUUGGCAAAAAGAUGUUAACAUAUCAAGUUGUAUGGACCUCAAAAAAUCACUUAAACUUUUCAGAUCUCUGUGCCAUUAUCUGUAACAUGAGGGGUAUUGGCCAAAAUGUUUCCAAAGGUUCCUUUCUGCUCUCAAAAUCAUCUGAUUCUAAAAGAAGUUUUUGUUUUUUCUUUAGAAACAUAUCCGAAUAUGUGUUUGUUAAGCAUAUUGAACUAGAUAGGACAUCCAAACAAUUUAACCCUAGUGCCAUCCUUCGGUUUAUCACAUAUAAUUUUUAUAGAAUGUGUUUUAAAAACAGAAAGACAUGGAUUUAUGGGUAACAGGUAAAAUCAUAUGACGUGUAGUUUACAUAUUGUAAUUUGCUAAGUUUUCUUUGCAUGCAUUUCAAAAUCUAGACAUAUAAAUAAUGUAUAAGAAAUAACGGUUAUGGACUACAAAGACAUAUCCUUUAGCGUGUAACAUCUGUUCAUAUUCCAUAGCACUUUAUAUUUCCAGAUGGCUUAUAAAAAAAAAAGUGAACUGUCAGUUACACAGAAUCUUUUGUGGAAUGUCUAUAAAUAUCAUUCACUGACAUUGAUUUGGUCAAUUAUGGUGAUCACAAUUUACUAUAUUCUUUGCCAUGCUGCUUAACUUAAUUAUUUAACUGCUGAAGCUAUAGCUUUUAUUUUUUAAAGAUCUUUUUCUUAAGGAAUUGAAAAUUCAAUAAUCUUAUGUGAGGAACUAGAAUUGUUAUUAAAAUUGAGAAAUUAAACAUAAACUAUUUUCUAUGCACAUAGCAACUGCUUCUCGAAGGAAGGCAUAUGAAGCGUUGAGAGAGGGUGGAAUUCUAGGGAAAUUUAAGGCAGUUGUAAAAAACUGGCAUAAACUAGAGAGAUUAAAAGAUAAUCAUGUAUUUUCUAAAUGUUGAUAAAUUUAAAGAAUUAUUCUUCUAUAUAAUGAUUUCAAGCAUCUGUUCCUCUUAGAGACUGGUCCACAAAGUGUUAAACACAAAAUGCUUAUCAAAAUACAGCAAUGUAUAAUCGUUGUCCUAUGGAGAGGGAGCCAGAAAAAACAAUUAAUAAUAAUUUGAUAUUCAUUAAUUCAUGCUUGAUGAGAAGCAGUGGUAAUUGGGCCAUAUGUUUUAUUGUUCUUUUAUUACAUGCUAUCAGAGUGGAUCAAAAGAAAUAAUUUUCUUAGAGUUGGAAUUCAUGGCAGAAAAGGACGGAUGGAAUAGUAUCCUUCCCUUUUAUAUAAAGUGUAUUAACAUCUCAAUGCCUUUGUGGUAAUUAAAAGUCAUUUGAAUAUCAUUUUAAAAGUAUUCUACUUUUAAUGCUUUAUUUUAAAAAACCUAAAAGGAACAUAUUUCUCACUUUUCUGUAGCCAUUUUGUGGAUCCUUUCUUCUAGAAUAAUGUAUUAAAUUAGACCGAAAGCUGUU